AUGUCAGUUGAAGAAGACCAUGACGAUGUCAUGAGUGAAGAGGAUAUCACAGUAGUAGAGUCGAUGACAAUUCAAGAGCAUGCUUCAAAGAAAAGGAAAUUUACAUCAAAAGUAUGGAAUGAUUUUGAUUGGUCACGAGACAAAGAUGGUAAAGAAAAGUCUACGUGCAAGCAUUGUAGGAAGGAAUAUGCUUAUGACAGUCAGAAAGGAGGAACAUCAACUAUGUCAAGGCAUUUAAAGAAGUGCCCUAGACUGAAGAUUCAAGAUGUGGGGCAACUUUUGUUAUCUACAAAUAAUGGAGAACUGGCUACUCGUGCACGCAAAAUAGAUCAAUCAAAGUUUCGGGAUUUAGUUGCAAGAAUAAUUAUUGGUAAAAAUCUCCCCUUUAAUUGUGUAGAAUGGACUGAAUUUAGGGAGUUAUGUAGUUAUCUGAAUGUCGAUGUUGAAACCAUAUUAAGGAAUACUACAAGGUCUGAUAUUCUUAAAAUGCAUAAGUUCCAAAAAGAAGUUAUUCGCAAGAAAUUACAAUGUGCUCCAGGUAAAAUAUGUCUAACAUCAGACAUGUGGACCUCCGUCAACACCACUGGAUACAUAAGUUUAACAGUACACUUUGUUGAUCAAGAUUGGGUAUUGCAGAAGUUUCUUUUAAAUAUUUCUCCACUGCCACCACCCCAUACUGGUCAAGCACUUUCAGAUAAGUUAUUUCUGAUGUUAAAUGAUUGGGGAAUUGAAGGAAAAGUAACAAGCAUCACUUUGGAUAACGCUGCAUCAAAUACUUCAUGUGUUAAGAUAAUGAAGAGUCGAUUCAUUGCAAGGAAUGUUAUGUCGGAUACUGGGAAAAGAAACUUUCAUAUAAGGUGUUGUGCUCACAUAAUAAAUCUUAUUGUAAGAGAUGGACUGAUAUAG